AAAAGCUAAAGGACGUCAAAGUGAAGUUGAACCUGUUUUGAAAGCGUUUUGAAGCUUCGAGUUUUGCGCUAUUGAUAUAUAAACUCACAGGCUGAACCGUUAUUAGCUGCCACACCUUCUUAAGACUUCCAAUGGCUUGAGUAAGCCGACGCCCAGCCACCACCCAGAGGACUUUAUCCGAGCACGUCUGCCAGAUUAAACAGUGCGCUGGAAUCCACAGACUCUAAUUCAACCAAAGCAGAAUAACAUUAGGAAGGAUGUACCGACACGCUGUUCUCUGCUUCUGUCUGGCUGUUUCGGUGCUGUUUCCAUGCAGCGAGUCGUGUGAGCUGAGCCCUAUUCACGCUCUUGUGCCGAAGCAACUACCUGCCGGUUAUAUUAUCUCGGAACAAUUAAAUCUCCAAGGUUGUGGGCUCAGACAAGUGGCCUUCACUUCGAGCGACCCUGACUUUGCUGUAAACACAGAUGGCACCAUCAUCACACUCCGUGGUAUGGUGAUCGCCACAAAACGCUUUGCUGUACAUGUGAAGGAUGAGAGUGGUUUUGAUUGGAGGGUGGAUGUUAUUCUAACAUGUAAAGAUAAGGCCUCACAGAAAUCUGGCAACGUGGUUCACAGGCGUAUCAAGAGAAGAUGGAGGCCUUUGCCUUUUGAUAUUGUUGAAAAUGACAGUCCUCCUUUCCCAAAGUAUCUGGAGACGAUUUCGUCUGCCUCUUCGGUAAACCACACUGUGUAUUAUGAGAUCAGUGGGCAAGGUGUUACUACAGACCCUGUUGGUCUCUUUACGUUGGACAAGGACACUGGCACGAUUCAUGUGACCAGGGCCGUUGACCGUGAACAGUAUCCACAGUUUGUAUUUAAGGCCCAAGUGUUUGACAAAAGGACCCACAUCGAAACAGAUGCAUAUCUCCCAAUCACUGUUAAUGUAGUGGAUAAGAAUGACAACGUCCCUGAGUUUGUCGGAAUGCGGGUUUUCACCCUGCAAGAACGCUCCAAUGCAGGUACUAUCAUAGGAAGAGUAAAUGCCACAGACAGAGAUCUGGCCAAAACCUCUCAUACUUUCAUAAAGUACACUCUUCUCAACGCUACCGACAUGUUCUCCAUUGAUGGUUUUACCGGAGUAUUAACUGUUAAAUCCAACAACCUAGACAGAGAGGCUCAGGAGAAAGUCUUUGUUGGCAUUGAGAUAAGAGAUAUGGGCGGCGCUCCAGAUGGACUUUCCAAUGUGGGGACCAUCGUGGUUACUCUCACAGAUAUUAAUGAUAACCCUCCCACUUUUAAAGAGAAGUUGUAUAAGGGUCAGGUGAUGGAGAACCAGCAAAAUGUGCUAGUUCUUAGGAUCCCUGUCGAGGAUAAGGACAUGAUAAACACCCCCAACUGGAAGGCCCUGUAUGAGGUCACCAGGGGAAACAGGAGCGGGAACUAUAGGAUGGAGACUGACCCCAAAACCAACGAGGGGCUUCUGUAUCUCAUAAAGCCAUUGGAUUAUGAAAAAACUCCCGUGGUGAAGCUUGAGGUAACUGCCCGUAAUGAAGCUCCAUUGGUUGGGACUUCAGCCACCUGGCAAUCUGUGCCGGUGGAGCUCACUGUAGGAGAUGAGGAUGAGGGUCCGGAGUUCUCCCCCAACAUUCUAUAUCUCAAGGUCAAGGAGAACCUUCCGAAUGGAACCCUUAUUGGAACGUAUAAAGCUUUGGACCCAGAGAACAAAAACAGCAAUGGAAUAAAGUACUAUAAGUUGACCGACCCUGGAAACUGGAUCACAGUGGUUGAGAGCACUGGAGAUCUGAAAGUUGCCAAUACCAUAGACCGCGAAUCACCUUUGGUCUCCAAUGAUCGUUACAACAUAAGCAUCAAAGCAGUGGAUGAAAGUAAGAAGACCGGAAAUGGGAUGGUUAUACUCCAGAUUGAAGACGUGAAUGAUAACAAGCCAGUUAUUACAAAUUCGGAUCUGAUCAUGUGUAAUCGGGGUGAUACGCUGAGCUCGGUUCUAGUCGAGGCUGUGGACGCAGAUCAGUCACCAUACUCGACUCCAUUCAUUUUUAAACUCGGAGAAAAGGAUGAUGGGAAAUGGACACUGAAGGAUGCCUCAAGUUCCUCUGUGGUGCUGGAACAGGCUGUAAACAUGCCCAACGGUCUGUACACUGUAACGCUUUUAGUAAAAGAUCUGCAGGGAUUAGGGGAGGAGAAGACUGUGAAUGUGCGAGUUUGCUCCUGUGAGAGGGAGGUAGAUGGGGUUGGAGAGUGCGGAGCUCGAAGUGCCUCAUCCUCUUUGGGCAGCUGGGGCAUCCUCGCUUUAGUCCUGUCUGGCCUGCUGCUGCUGCUGUUGUGUUUGUUGCUAAUCUUCUUCUGCAACACUAAGAGUGAGAAGUUUGCCAUAAAUGAUGAAACAGGAAGUGGUGGAAUGCUGCUUAAAUCCAACACGGAGGCUCCUGGUGAAGAAGUGAAAGAUAUCUUUUCGGUGACUGAUGGAUUGGACGGGUUGGACAAUGGCAUGGAUAGGGAUACUAAGAAUGUGGGUGAUAGUCGCUCAAAUCAGAAGUAUUUCCAGGACGGAGGCGUCUACAACACCACGACUCAGGAUUUUGCGACAGUGAAUUACACCUUACCUGGAAAUCAUAAUGGCAGUCUCUAUGCCAACAACACGUACCAGAAGUAUGGAAACGUGAACACUCUCGACACGUGGAGAUCGAAUAAAAAUUACCUGGACAGGAAACUGGCUUACUUUGGAGAAGAGGAGGACGGGCGGUAUGCAGAUGAUCAGCUGAAGACUUAUGGGAAUGAAGGGAUGGGCUCUCCUGCCGGUUCUGUAGGAUGUUGUAGCAACCUGGGUGAACGUGAAACCAUGGACUUUUUGAACACUCUCGGACCCAAGUUUAGACCACUGGCUGACGUCUGCUACACGACAACUAAUACCAAGAUAUGAUUUGGACAGGGGAAGUACUUUAUGCUGGAUGUCCUGGACCUUUGAACCCCAAUGCAAAAUAUGUUCAGCAAUAUUGUUGUGUUUUUUGCCUGAAACAAUAUCUAAACAUUGUUCAAUAUGAUAAAGUCACUUGAGAAGCAAGAUAAUAUAUUUUGUUAUUGUCGUAAGUACACUUCAACAAACAGUAUUAGAUUGAUGCUUUAAACAAGAAAACUAUACUGCAAUUAAGAUCUGGAAACAAGAUAUAUUAUCUCAACAUUUUUGCUAUUCAAGUUCAUCUGUACUGUUUAGAUAUUUUGUUUCUAUCUUUAUAUAGAUAGUCAAAACCAAUGGUUAAGACAGUUAGUUUUAGGAAUGCUGGAUGAAAAUGCGAGUGAGUGUGUGUUUCCUUUUGUAUGAGUGUGUGACUGUGUUACAACCAAAAUGUUGCAAACAAGCCUAAUAAUUAUUUGCUGUGUAUCUGCUUUGCACAUCUUUUCCUCACAGAGCUGAGAAGGGACAAUAGUCCUUCCCUCUUCAAAUGGAAUUCUCAGCUGUGUGAAGUAUUACCCGAGUCUGUAUUUGCAAGAUGAGAAUGAAUGCAAACACGUGGCAAACGUGUUGAAUUUUGAACAUUUUACAGCUCAGAAAGCACUGACGUAACGACAAAGAAUUCAUUUCUAUUCUGUGCGGUUCUACUGUAGCUUUUUUAACGUUUUGUUUGUCAUUUUAAUUCUGUGUAGUUGCGAUGGGUUUAUUUCACUUCUCAAAACCAAAUCUUUUGUAUUUUAAAUGUAAACCACUGUACAUGAAUGCAUGAGCACAAUAGGAAUAGGUAACAUUGGGAAAACAACACGAGAAUAUAUUCGUUUUUUGCUAUUUUGAUUUUGUUUUAGCUGGAGUUUUGUCGUAUUUGCUGUAAACGGUAUCAGUAACAUUAUUCAUACAUGUAGUGGGUUUCUCUUAUUUCAAAGUUAGUAAGGGAUGUGUUUUGUAAAUAUUUUAAUAAAAUUGUUAACAGAC